GAGUUUCCAGCAGUGCAUCCUCUAGCCGCCAACUGGAGGAACGCGUUGACCACGUAGUGGCAAUGCUAGGAGACAUAAGUGCCUUCACAGAGCCGGCCACCAUCAGCCAGCGGUUCGAGUUGCUGGGCACUAAGAUCAGUCAGCAACAGCAGACUGACCACAGCCACAACAACAGCUCGGCGAGGCCAUACAACAUGCCGACGUUCCGGAUCGAGAAAUUUGAUGACUCCAUACAUCAAGACCCGGUCGUCUGGUGGCAAGGAUUUACAACGGAGUUGGGGAUUCACGAAGUCCCUGACCAUCUCUUCAUCAGUGCUCUAUUCAUCAACACCAAGGGAGGUUGUCAGAUCUGGCUCAGCCACAUGGCAACCAUCCACGGCGUCCAGGUGUCAGACCUGUACAAGAAGGUCUCCWGGGAGGACAUGACAAAGGAAUGGAAGAAGCGGUUCAUCGUCGACGAUGCCCCAACACUCGCCAUUAACCGCAUCUUCACGAUGGCUCAAGGGAGCACACCGACACGUGACAGGCUCACGGAUUGGCAGAAGAUCGUGGCAACGCCCGAUUUGGACUUGCCAUUUCCGCAUCUGCGGCGUGAGGCGACUCUACCUYCUACUCCGCCAAAUUCGGCCGCCUUGCUAGCGGCCUCCUGCACAUCUGGGGAGGAUGCGAAUGUCGCAAGUCCUCGGUACASUUACGAGGAUUAUGCUGUCCACUUGGUUCCACCGCUGGACCAACCGCUCCACGUGCAACAGUCCAUCGCAUGCACGGUUUCAUCACCAUCGGCAACCGAUUCGGCAGCUUCGCCACAAUCUAUCGCCAGGGAUUCAACGUCAUGGUCAAGACUUGAAGAGCUCGACCCGUUGACGUUCACGGACUUCCUAUGGAUGCCCAUUCCCUCGACCGGACGAUUGUCGAAACCGCAUUGCAACGUGCUUAUAGCACAAUUGCGGGAUUACUUGCACCCUGCAGUACCAGCUCCGUUGAUGGACGCCGGAGCAGAGGUUGUCGACCUUCACGCUUACAUCGCGAAGAUCGACCGCGAGUUCAAGACGCAACGGUACGACGACAUCGACGCACCAUUGCUAUACGUACGCAUUCAGAUUGGAGAGGCGACCUACAGUGCCUUGAUCGAUUGCGGAGCAUUUUGCAACUACAUCAGCCAGGACUUCAUGUCGCCAAAGGUGCCAUUGGUAUUCGAUGACGACGCACGCCAGUCAUUCCAAGCACUUAAGAUGGCUAUGCUCAUGGCACCCGUCCUUAGCAUCUAUGACCCCACCCUGCCGACGCGAGUGACUACGGACGCUUCCGGCUAUGGCAUUGGGGCAGUCUUGGAACAGCACGAUGGCGACGACUGGCACCUUGUGGAGUAUUUCAGCCACAAAGUGCCUCCCAUCAACUCGCUUGAUGAUGCAAGGAAGAAGGAGCUGCUCGCAUUCGUGAUGGCUCUCAAGCACAGGCGGCACUUCCUCCUUGGGCGUCGUAGGUUCACAUGGGUCACAAACAACAAUCCAUUGACCUACUACAAGACGCAGGACACAGUGAGCAGCACGAUCGGACGAUGGAUGUACUUCAUCGACCAAUUUGACUUCACACCGAAACAUGUCCCCGGCCUCUCCAAUCGCGCAGCAGAUGCACUUUCGCGAAGACCUGAUCUUUGCGCUAUGACACAUCAUGCCUUCGCAUUCGACAAGGAGCUUCAGCGACACUUCAUCCGGGCAUAUCAGUCUGAUCCGGACUUCGGUUCGCUCUAUGCACAGCUAUCUUCGGAUCACCCGCCGGCCAGCCAUWACCGCAUUGCCRACGGGUACUUGCUCCUCCAUUCGAGASGCAAGGACUUACUAUGUGUCCCACGCGACUGUCGUCUUCGGAGUCGCCUCCUCGGCGAGUACCAUGAUUCACGACUCGCCGGCCAUUUCGGAGUCAACCRCACUAUUGCACGGCUUCGACAGCGAUUCCGAUGGUCUGACCUCAUUAUCGAUGUCACUCGGUAUUGCGACUCUUGAGAAGUUUGUCGGCGCAGCAAGCCCCGCAACCGCAAUCCCUACGGCAAGUUACACCCAAUGCCUAUCCCACG